AUGUUCACAAUAUGGUUGGUCCAAGAUCUUACUGAAUUGUAUAAUGUGUUUACACGCAAUCACAUGUACUGCAUUUGCAGGCCGGGCUACGAUUACACCGCGCCUGCAGCAAACACAUACUAUGGAAGCAAUAAUCGACCCCCACAAUAUGAACGCGGCUAUGGGCAACUUACAGCGGUUCCUCUUUAUAGCCCUACUUCGCACCCACUUUCAAAUUAUGCAGAUGUAUAUGAGGGUAACAAUGAUACUACCCUAAGAGCGGAGGAAAGACACUGGUACAUAGAAAAUCAUAAAAAUUUGUACUCUAACUAUGAUAUCAAUAAUGAUACCAUUACUCAAGAGGCGAAAAUUAAGAAAGAAGAUGAAAAGAAAGCCGAUGCGCAGCCAAUCAGAAGAAUAGACGGGACACAAGCGCGUCAAAGAACGAAAGAGGAUCGUUGUUCAUGCGAAUGCUGGCCAAGUUCAGACAAUAAUGUAGUUCAAGAUAGUGUUGGUAAUGAAACAACGAGGUCUCUCUCCGGAGUAGAUAUGGUUGCCUCUUACGGAGUUUAUGGCAAUCCACAGGAUGAUGAUAGCUCAGGUUUUGCGCGAUUACAAGAAAAGAGCGUUCCUUUAGCUCAAAGGAGCGAUGCACCCAUUCAAGGAGUGAUUGUAAAUCAACAAGGAAAUAGCGCCGUAAUACGUUCGACGUCGUCAGAAUCUACAUGUGGCAAAUGCUGUGUUUGGUCUGCAAAUGCUCAACCUACGAAUUCUGAAGACUAUUGUUGGAUACAUUACUGUAGACCGGCACUAAUAGUUUUACUACUAUUAUUUUUCUUAGUACUGUUGGGCGUGUCAACAGGAUUUUUACUGACAAAUAAUUAUUUACAUUAUCAACCACGACCACCUGCUCCUGAAGAAGCAUGUGAAAAGACAUUUUGUCGCUGGGGUGCUGAGUGCGUGUCUCUGGGAGACGGGCGUGCGCAUUGCGCCUGUCCUGUGACUUGUCCGUCCGGUUCAACGCCAGUUUGCUCUACGGCAGGCCGCACAUACCGCAAUCACUGUUACCUACGCAAAGAAGCCUGCGAGCGAAGACUCAAUCUGCGCGUCAAACACGAGGGUGAAUGCGAAGCUGCGGACCCUUGCUCUGGUGUGUCCUGUCCUGUCGGAGCUCGCUGCGUUGUUACAUAUGGACAAGCGGAGUGUCGAUGUCCACGCAGUUGUCAAAGACGCAAGCCGGUUUGUGGCACUGAUGGGAGAGAGUAUCCAUCAUCCUGCCAUCUCGACAAAUAUGCCUGUGACAAUCAGCUCAAUGUCACGAUUAGAUAUAAUGGAAAAUGCGACCCGUGCGCGGAUCACGAAUGUGCGGACGGAGGAGUUUGCCAAUUGAACGAAGCGAGAGCGCCGGUUUGCCGAUGCGGUCCUCCUUGCGAGCUAGUUGUGCGGCCAGGGGCGGCAGUCUGUGGUUCUGAUUACAAAGAUUAUCCGAGUGAAUGCGCACUCCGUCGCGAAUCAUGUCGGACCCGCCAGCAGCUCUCGAUUGCCUAUCGAGGCGAAUGCGCUUCAGCUCAACAUCCAUGCGACACGGUUAAAUGUGGUGUACGCGAACGAUGCUCACUUGACGCACACGGUGUGGCUGUGUGCGUGUGUGGCCCGGACUGUGAGGAUUUUGUUCGUCCGGUGUGCGGGACGGAUGGUCGUACUUACGACAAUCCGUGCUUACUCGAUCGUACAUCUUGCCUGGAAAACAGGGAUAUACGAGUGGCUUAUAUGGGACCCUGCGGCGCUGAAAAUCCUUGCGCCCGCGCAAGUUGUCCAUGGGGCGGCGCCUGCGUUUCCCGCAAUGGCGCCGCGCAGUGCGCGUGCCCAGUGUGCGAUGCGACGCUAGCGCCGGUAUGCGCCUCCGACCACAACACAUACGGCAGCGAGUGCAAGAUGCGGAUGCACGCUUGCCAGUCAAAUAUAAAAGAAAACGAUCUACAAGUACUCUAUAAUGGAACAUGUCAAACGUGUGCUGACAUCGUAUGUCAAGGCGGAGGAGACUGCGUAGUGGACACUGAUACUGGUCGGCCUACCUGUCACUGUAAUCACAACUGUACUGAAAAACAGGAAUCAGAAGUUGUAUGUGGCACAGACGGACAGACGUACACGUCGCAAUGCGAGCUCGACUCGACGGCUUGUCGCGAACAAAGCGAGUUGCGGCUUGCUUACAGGGGCGAUUGCGCAAUGUGCGAUGGAGUGCAAUGCUCUUUUGGAGCUCAUUGCGUUUCUGGUGAAUGCGUAUGUCCAACUGACUGUACGGAUGCACCACAUGAACCAGUUUGCGGCAGCACCAUGCAGACAUAUCCCAAUGAGUGUGAACUUCAGAAAGCGGCCUGCCGAUUACUUCCACCAACAACACUUCAUGUGAUAUUCUAUGGAGAUUGCAAGGACAGACUCGCUGUUGUACCUCCAAUAGCAAUGACUACGACAGCGAUGACCACGACAGAGGCGGAGGAAGGGUCGACAGACGACUGGCGUGCGACUGACCAAGGCGGCACCGUGAAUCCUUCAGUAUGCCGCGACAUCCGAUGCGACUUUGGCGCCAGCUGUGAAGUCGGUAGCGAUGGCUAUCCACGCUGUUCUUGUCUUUUUGAAUGUCCAGUCGACGACGAAUAUUUCCCUGUCUGCGCAUCUGACUUUAGACUUUACCCUAGUUUAUGUGCUAUGCGCAAAGAGGGUUGUCAAAAGCAGUUGGAAUUAAGGUUGCGACCUUUGGAUUUAUGUAAAGGUAUGGAGGUAAGACCCUGCGGCAACAAUAAAGCAAUGAUAGACCUCACGACUGGUUUAGAAAUCGACUGCGGUAAUGGACCUCAUCGACAAGAUUGUCCUGCUGGAAGCUAUUGUCAUAUAACUGUAACAGCUGCAAGGUGCUGUCCUAAAAAUGACACAAAACAAUUGGAAGAAAAGAAAAUAUUGCUAUGCACGGAAACAGAAUUCGGCUGUUGUUUGGAUGGCACAACUACGGCAACGGGUCCUAAUGAGGAAGGAUGUCCGAUCACGAGCUCGACUUGCGGUUGCAAUCGGCUUGGCUCGGUUUCGGAUCGAUGCGAUGAUAGCGGUCAGUGUGUCUGCCGUCCCGGAGUUGGGGGACUCAAAUGUGACAGAUGCGAGCCCGGAUACUGGGGGCUGCCUCGUAUCGGCUCAGGGCACACCGGCUGCAUUCCAUGCGGUUGUUCAGCGUUUGGUUCGGUGAGAGAGGAUUGCGAACAAAUGACAGGCCGUUGUGUGUGUCGCGCUGGUGUGCAGGGACAGAAAUGUACUGUGUGUGCUGACCAUCGCCGGCGGUUGGGACCUAAUGGAUGCUCAGAUCCUGAAGAAGGGGGGGUAGUGGAUUCAUGUGCAGAUUUGUCUUGUUACUUCGGAGCGGUGUGCACUGAGCGCACAGGCGGCGCGCUUUGCGAGUGUACCGCCGCACCUUGUCCCGAGAGCGACACUAACAUGCUGGUAUGCGGGAGCGAUGGCAAAACAUACGAGUCUGAGUGCCACCUCAAAUUGCAAGCUUGUCGCACGCAAGAGGAUAUUGUAGUCCAAGCUUUUGGUCCAUGCAAACUAUCUGAAGUACCAGGAACGGCUGGACCUCCACGGCCUUCAUCACCGAUACAAUUUACGCAACAAGACGACGGUGCAGCAUCUAAAUCUACAAGGCAUUUACUCAAUCCUGACAAAUACUAUAAUAAAUAUGACUGGAACAGGAAGGAAACACCCAGCGAUUUCGAUAGCUUACUGUCCGGGCAGAAAUUUAAAGUAAUGGAAGUCCGCUUACGACGUUUGGCGUUAUUGGACGGUUCGCAAACAGCGACAACGGCAACAGUGGGAGUUGUUGGCGCACUGUUGGGUGACUUGUGCACUGAGGAUUUGGACUGUUCUGCUUUGCCGGGAGCAUACUGUGCUCAUGGCGGUUGUAUAUGCCGACCCGGAUUUGAACCAACCGUAUACAGAAAAGCUUGCAUAGAAAAAGUUACGCAAGAAACAACAGAGGAGUAUAGUGCCUGUUUGUCUGAACCUUGUCAUAACCUUGGCACGUGCAUUGAUCUACCCGGUUCUACGUACACGUGUGUCUGUACUAGUCUCUAUACCGGUUUAAACUGCGAAGAACUUAUUAAAGAAGGCUUACCGAAUCCAUAUAUCGAAACUCCAUCAUUUGACGGCACGUCUUACAUUCGCAUGAAACCACUGAAAGCGUACCAUAAAUUAAACAUCGAUAUAGAAUUUAAGGCCUUCUCAGAUAAUGGAGUUAUACUGUAUAAUCAGCAAAAACUCGAUGGUACUGGAGAUUUCGUCUCGUUGGCAUUAGUUAACGGAUAUUUAGAGUUUAGAUAUAAUCUUGGUAAUGGAGCAAUUAUUUUAACAUCCCUCGAAAAAAUUACACUCAACGAAUAUCACAAAGUGUCAGCGAAGCGAUACCAUCGUGACGGUAUAUUAUCCGUUGAUGAUAUGGAAGACGUUGCGGGACAAUCAAGUGGCACCUUGAAGGCCUUAGAUCUCGCAGAUGAUACAUAUAUUGGCAGUGUUCCAACAAACUUUUCCAGGGUUUUUGAUAACAUCGGCACCCGGAGCGGCUUUGUCGGCUGUGUGAAAUACUUGAGAAUAAUACGUCAUCAAGUGACAAAGAAAUUGGGCCGACCGGACUCAUUAGUCGUCUCUAUAGAAAACGUUCGGGAGUGCCAAUCUAACCCUUGUAUGAGUAUGCCGUGUAGAAACGGAGCUACAUGUAAACCUAUCGAUGGAUCAGCAACAGAAUAUAUAUGUAUGUGUGCAAUCGGAUUUCAAGGAGCCAAUUGUGAGGAGAGAUUAGAUCCGUGUGAAUCGAAUCCCUGUGGAUAUGACGAAGGUCUAUUGUGUGACAUUGGGUCCGAAGGACGACACGUAUGUCGCUGCUUAUUUGGAGGUGAAAUUGGCUCUAAUGGAAAUACUUGCAGUAAUGAUGUCAAUGUUGUACAAGAAACGUGGUCACCUCAGUUUAAUGGUACAAGCUAUAUAGAAUUACUCCCACUCGAAGGCUUGGGUAAAGCGUUCCGCAUCGAAAUUUGGUUUUUAACGAAUCGAUUCUCUGGAAUGCUCCUCUAUACAGGCCAAUCCAAUAAAGCCAGGGGGGAUUUUAUUUCGAUUAACUUAGUUAACGGCUACCUACAGUUUCGAUACAAUUUGGGUAGCGGGAUCGCAAACAUCACUUCGUCCGUACCGAUUACCAAAGGUCGCUGGCACCGGGCGCGCGUCACACGUGUAGGGCGUCACGGCAGCCUUCAGCUCGACCAUCACCCUGCACAGAGGGGACAUUCGGCCCCACCAUUGACAAAUCUAGAACUCACUUUACCGAUCUUCAUAGGUUCCUUACCAGCAUACAUCCGUCCCCAUAAAAUGUCAGGAGUGACUAGCAGUUUUAUAGGCGCUAUGCAACAAGUAUUCGUGAACGGCAAUCCACUUGCUUUGUAUAAUGCUGACACAGCUAAAUGUGCUAUAGUACAGGAGGAAUAUCGAUUGCCUUGUGCUACGAGUGGCAUAACGAAGUAUACUGGACCACCAUGUGGUGACGGUUUGACUCCUUGUAAAAAUAAUGGAUCCUGUAUACCUUUACUGAACGAGUAUAAAUGCAUUUGUCACGAUGGAUUCCAAGGAAGAAAUUGCGAAGUGCAAUUAAAAGUAGAAAUGCUUAAUGACGGAGCGCCCAUUAAGUUCGACGGAAAUGAUUAUUACUCGUACAGAAGCAAAGGAAAUCGCAGGAACCGCGAUAUUCGCGGCAUUAGAUAUGAAGUAAAAUUCCGGACUUACAACGACUCAGGCCUCUUACUAUGGAGACGGAAAAUCGGGAUACGCCCUCGUGACUUUAUUGGUCUCGGCCUAAGUGAAGGUAGACUUCAACUGAUCUACACGGACACCGAUAUGAAGGAGAUAAAUUUAGCAUCACAUGAAGAUUGGUUCCAGUCUAUUGAAUCUAAAAUACGAGUAGAUGAUGGAUUGUGGCAUACUGCCAUGGUCAGACGAAGGAAGAGGCUUGCAAUGCUGCAAGUAGAUGACGCCCCGCCUGUUAGAGGGUACUCACAGUCAGUAUUAGUACCCUCGAAAGCGAACCCUAAAUUAUGGAUCGGAGGUUCACCGUCGCUGCCGCUCGGACUUCCACCAUCACUCUACACAGGUCUACGUGGUUGCGUCGCCAGUGUUAAAUGUGGAGGAAGAUAUUUAAACCUCAAAACACCAAUACGACCGGCGACUAAGAUACGACAUUGUGAUUAA